GCGCGCCCCCAGCCCCCCGGCGCCCCCAAGGCCUCUCGCCUUCCUCUUCCCGGCGCGGCCCCCCGGCUUCCGUGCGCCGCCCGCCACCAACCCGCUCGCCACCAUGUCUGUGGAGCUUGAGGAGGCCCUGCCACUGACGCCCGCCGAGGGGACGACCAAGAAAACGGCCAAGGCUGGCGGUUCGGCGGCGCUGUCUCCAUCCAAGAAAAGGAAGAACAGCAAGAAGAAGAACCAGCCGGGCAAGUACAGCCAACUGGUGGUGGAGACCAUCCGCAGGCUGGGCGAGCGCAACGGCUCGUCACUAGCAAAAAUCUACACCGAGGCCAAGAAGGUGCCUUGGUUCGACCAGCAGAACGGGCGCACCUACCUCAAGUACUCCAUUAAGGCGCUGGUGCAGAACGACACGCUCCUGCAGGUGAAGGGGACCGGCGCCAACGGCUCCUUCAAGCUCAACCGCAAAAAGCUGGAGGGCGGCGGGGAGCGGCGCGGGGCCUCCGCGCCCGCCCCCGCUCCCGCGGCCGCUGCGCACAAGGCCAAGAAGGCGGCCCCCGGCGCGGCUGGCUCCCGGCGCGCGGAUAAGAAACCCGUGAAGAGCAAGAAGCCCGAGAAGCGUUCGCACAAGAAGGACCCGGGCGGCGGUGCCGCCACCGCCUCCAAGAAGGACAAAGGCAGCAAGGCCAAGAAGGCGGUGGCCGCUGGGGGCAAGAAGGUGAAGAAGGCGGCGAAGCCCAGCGUCCCCAAAGUACCCAAGGGCCGCAAGUGAGCGCGCUGGCCUGAUGGGAGGUGCCCGCUCGGGCCUGCUGGGUCUUUUUUUUUUUUUUUUCUUUUUCUAUCCCAAGCGUCUGUAGGUUUUGUACGAUUUACUCUGGGCCUCCCUCCGCCCGUUCUCCGUCCUUCCCUUUCUCCCACAAUGUAGUUUUUUUUGUUGUUGUUUGCUUUGGAUUUUUGAAACAGCCCCGGCGACGCCUCUAUUGGCUCUCGCCCUUGGCAACGGCCGUCGCCAUGGUUACCGGCCUCUAGGCGCCAAUGGCCGAGGCAGCGCCUACCGGCCCCGGCGCGACCGCAGGUUGGCGGGGGCCCAGGCGAGCGGGACGCGGCCGCCGCUCCCCAGCCCCCACUCCUCUGGUUUUGGGUGCGCGACAAACAAUCGCUCGGGGCGCGGUGCUGAGCAGCGCUUCCCUUCAUCCCGUCAGUCUUUUUCUUUUAAUUUUUUGGCACAAUAAAUUGUUUAAACCUUUGAACCACUCUCAUUUUCUUUCUAAUGGAAUAGGGAUGGUCUCGGUCGGUGCGUGGCUUGGGUUGGAUAGUGGGUCCAGGCAUCCUCGGGGAUAACAGCGGAAGUCUCGGUACCGGUUUUCGUUGGCGCUAGGAGAAGCAAGGAGUGAAAGCUACAGGAGAGGGGGCAGCUGGGUUGAUCCGGGAGGCAGGACUCAGAGGACCUCUUCGGAGUGGAAGUGGACAGAUGCGCGAGAUGUCACCGCCCACUCUCACAGAGCGGGGGUGGGAGCUGGGGGCGUGGAGACAGGCUGGCCCUGUCACCCUGGAGGGAAUGGCCGGCACACUUAUCCUUACAGUGGCCUACAGGCCACUUGGUGGUGAGGGGGCUGUGGGUUUUUCGGGAUUUACUGGUCAAGCCCCUGCCUGGGGAGUCCACCUUGCGUCCCGCGGGGCAGCCCUUGCCAGGUCGCCUCAGGCUUGGUAUUCUGAACCCAGGCAGACUUCGUGUUCAUUUUACCACAGGAACCCUGAGGUGUGGUCAGGGAGGUGAGGCCCCAGAGUCUGGCUCACCUGGGCUACAAAUUUAUUCUGAGCCUGUUAAUCUGCAAAAAGGGUUAUCAGUGCAAACCAUGUUUGUUCAGAGAGUUACUGGGAAAAUUAGAGAUUGACCCUCAUCCCAGGGACACUCUGGUGUCCAGCGUAUGGGAUGUUGGGAUGGUUGUUCAUCGGGUUGGACGAGAGGCUGAGGCCUAUUCUGACAGAUGUCCUGAUGAAGGGAAAACCUUGGAAAACAGGGAAGACUCUGGAGGCAGUGGGACCCAGGGAAUGUUCCAGAACAGUGGGUGACACGUUCCAGUGUUCCAGUCUGGCUGAGCCAGGGCUGGAUGUAGGUGAGAGACACAGGGGAGCUC